AUGCGUGUAAUCGAGAUGUCUACGUCAGAUUUUGAACAGUGGGACCCUGUGGACGACGACCAAGGGUCUUCAACCAGCCCUUCUACGGAGCCCACGCUUUUAGGGCCAACCCCUUCAGAGAACACCAGCGAGCCGCUAGAGCGCAGCAAGAUGUCGAGAUCGCCUAUUCGAUCGCUACAAAGUUCCAAACGUGAGUCAGUCUCUUCAAUCGAUGGCGCGGCUUUGAAAUCGACACCUGCCGACCCGCAGCUGUCCGCGGUGGACCCCGUUACAGGAGUGAAUAGCCCGUUAACUAGUAAAAAUGGCUCUGCUUUAAGCUCGGUCAGUCACAUCAUAGGAUCUACAAAAGCGUCGGCGGUUCCAGAAGACGUGGGGGAUGCGUCGAACAAUUCUUUUUUCAACAGCAUGCUAACAACGCUUUCGUUCAAAGGCUCUUCAAGCAACCCGCCGCUACCGCCGGUACAAACGGAUACCCCACAACAGGCGCCUAAAAUUAUUUCAUACCGGCGAGAAACCCCUUCCAAAAAAAACAGACGUUCAACGAGCGCGGACAGUAGUUCACUCGCGUCGCCCCUGCAAGAAAUGGAGAAACCUGACGUUUUAAUCCUCCAAGAAUAUAACAAAAAGCUUUAUGUGGAAGAGCGGUUUGCAAAAACCAAUUACCAUUAUGCUACCGAGGAGCGGAAUGCAGACCUGCAUAAAAUAUUCAAAUCAAUUCCACUUGACGACCGCCUCUUAGAUGAUUUCAGUUGCGCGCUGAGCCGUGAAUUUCUAUUUCAGGGUAGGGUUUACAUUACUGAGUCUAACAUAUGUUUUAACUCCAAUCUACUAGGUUGGGUGACGCACCUUGUGAUAUCUAUGAAGGACAUUACGACGAUGGAAAAAACUUCAACCGCCGGGCUAUUUCCUAAUGGGAUAGCUAUAGAGACUCGCAUGGGCAAACACCAAUUUGUUAGCUUUAUUUCACGGGACUCUACCUUUGACUUCAUCAAAGCUGUAUGGUCUCAGUUCAAUGGCACUGACGCGGCGGAGCUUCCUGUCAUGAGUAGGCAAUCCAGCGUUCCAAGUAUUCGCGAUGACCUCAAAGCGCACACUGAACUAGUUGCCACUCUCGUACCAACCGACGGAAAUUUUGACAUACCGCCCAGUCGCGCCUCGAUUAUAAGUGAAAAUGACGCAGCUAUAGAGGAUGCAAUUCUUUCAGUAGAUGAUUUUACGCCCACAAUUACCUUAAAGAACGGCGUGAAGAGUUUAGCUGGCGACGAUGACGCUGAAGACGACGACGACGAUGAUGAUUACGAGUACGAGGAUGACGAUGACGAUAACUGCUCAAAUUCAAAUGACCUGACUUCUCUUGCAAUCAUUGAAAGCGAAACGGCUUUGGCCACCCAAAAGGUUUAUGUACUGAAAGAAGGCUCCGGUUUCGAGUACGACGGGCCUUCAUUUUUCCAAGAAACAAAAUUCCUAUAUGACCCUAACCAGAACAACGAAACCGUGCUUGCAGAAGAAGAAUUGAAAGCGCCUCCGGGCGUGGUUUACCAGUUGAUUUUCAGCGGUGAUAACACGAGUUUUCUUGAGGCCUUCUUAAAGGGCCAAAACUCGUCAAACUUAUCAGAUAUUCCUGCCUUCGAUCAGGUUAACAAAGACGGGCAGCAAUACCGCGAGUAUUCCUACGCCAAAGCACUCAACUACGCUGUCGGGCCCAAAUCCACUAAGUGCCUUGCGACAGAUACUGUCCUGGGCUUAGAUUAUGAAAAUUGCAUCAACGUUGUUAAUACCACCAAAACGCCAGAUGUUCCAAGCGGCAACAGUUUCUGCGUUAAGACAAGGUAUAUGUUACGUUGGGCUUCUCCCAAUACAAGUGUUUUGAAGAUUUCGUUUUGGGUCGAGUGGACAGGGAGCAGCUGGAUUAAGUCCAUGAUUGACAAAAGCUGCAAAGCGGGUCAAAUCGAGGCGACAGACGCAUUUAUCGAACUGAUAAGAGAAUAUGUCGACAAAUUUACGAGGUCUUCUCAGAUAGAGGUCAAGCAACAGCCUCAGAAAAGGCAGCCUCAAAGCAGGCGCGUUAGCAGAAACUCUCCGCGGUUGCCAAAACCUACAGUCGUUGAGGAAGAAGAAGUAACUGCCAUUGUUGAGCCACCCAAGCCUACACAAUGGGGCCUAUUAGGUCAAGCGAGUGUAACAAAUGUUCUGCUCAUAAUCAACUUUGUUUUGCUCCUUGUCGUAAUGAUGCGUGAACAAACGAUUUUGAAACAGCUCAAGAGGGCCAACGCGAAAAAUUGGUCUUCAGAAAAGAACAUCUCCAUUGACCAAGUAGUGUCACACUUCAAGUCGCUGCUAGGGAACACUCUCGAAACCACCAACGCCGAUAAGGGCGGAAAACCACUUGCACUGCGGGAAUGGCUCGAGCGGCAUGGUGCUCCGGAAGACUCCUACAAUGUGGAUGUUCAAAAAAGAAAGCAAUACCAGAGGUACUUGCGCUAUGUCGUCGACCAGUGGAUGGACGGCGAAGUCUCACUCAGAGAGACUGACAACUUGCUGCUCAAGCUUAAUAAGCUCAUCGACGUCGUGAAUAGCACGCGGCUAAGCGCUGGCGAGUCCGAACGCGUGGAUGCUUCGAAAAUCAAGGAUGCUGUGGACUACUUAAUUGAUACUUGA